CGGCUCUCUACUCCGCUAAAGACAUCGGGGUUUCGGCUCCGACCAGGUGAGUAGUCUUCCACUGCGUGUCGACAAAGCCAACACUAGCAGUGUCAACAAUACGCCGGCUAAAGGAUUUUAAAUACCCAGAACACAUCGGAGCCUUUGGAAUACUUGUUUUCUCUGUGGGAUAUAUAGUGGCCAUCGAGCAUGGUGCAUCGAGUGUACAACUUUUAAGUGUCAACAAUACGCCGGCUGAAGAAUUUUAAAUACCCAGAACACAUCGGAGCCUUUGGAAUACAUUUUUCUCUGUGGGAUAUAUAGUGGCCAACAGCUCAAAGUGCAUUGAGUGUACAACUUUUAAGUGUCAACAAUAUGCCGGCUGAAGGCUUUUAAAUACCCAGAACACAUCGGAGCCUUUGGAAUAAAACAUUGUAUGUGGUAUAUAUACGGUAGUGGCGAACAGCUCAAAGUGCAUCGAGUGUACAACUUUUAAGUGUCAACAAUACACCGUCUGAAGGAUUUUAAAUACCCAGAAACCAUCGGAGCCUUUGGAAUACAUUUUUUCUUUUGACAUCUGGCUGUUUUUGUGGGAUAUUUCGCCAACGGGGGGGACGCUCACAAUGCUGAUACCCAGCAACCAGGGUUGAGGUGUUGACUUGCUUGACUAUGAAGCUCCCAGGAAAGUGACCUCGGUGGAGCCUGCAGCCCAACGGUGCCAGUCGCCGGGCACGAUGGCAUCCAGUGAGAGACUGUACGAGGUCUGGAUGCUCUACUGCAACAAGAGGGACCCAGACUACUUGAAGCUAUGGCUGGAGAGUUUCAUCAGCUCCUAUGACCGGUGCCUAGAUGUGGACUUUGAAAAGCUGCCAUCAAGGCCAGAGGAGCCUCCACCAGUAUUGAGCCUCCUCCCAGACAACAUCCUGCAGGUUUUGCGCCACCAGCUGCUGCAGUGUGUCCAAAAAGCCUCUGACGGCUUGGAGCCCGAGCAGCAAAACCUGGCGCUGCUGCUGCUCAAGUUCCUCAUCAUUGUGUGCAGGAACCUUUCCAAUGUAGAGGAGAUCGGCACCUGCUCCUACAUCAACCACAUCAUUGCCAUGACGACACUUUAUAUUCAGCAGCUGAAGAGUAAGACCAAAGAGAAGGAGUUGGUGGACCAGAGCCAGGCGGAGGACUUUGUCCGUCAUGCACUGGCGUUUUGUGAGAGCCUCUACGACCCCUAUUGCAACUGGAGGCUCCGGCUCUGCGGGGAGCAGCUGGGCACAGUGGAGAGGAGCAGGCAGAAGUACAAAGCAGCUCCGCUCACUGUGGAAUUUGUUCCCUUCUUUUACCAGUGUUUUCAAGAGAGCGAGCAUCUGAAGGAAAGCCUAAAAGGCUGUCUGUUGCACCUUUUUGGGGCCAUAGUAGCUGGUGACCAGAAGAACGCUCUACUUGCCAUCUCUCCAGCCACCAUGGAGGUUUUGGUGCGUGUGCUGGUGGACUGCUCCAUGGGCGGCUGCUCCUCUGAUCAGGGCGAAGACUGGGACAGUGAGGCCCCUGAUCGGAAGGCCUGUCUCACUCUGAGCUGUUUGCGGGUGGUGGUGCAGUGCCUCCUGGCCGCUAGUUCUGACCAGCGGCAAGUGGAAAUAGCCUCUGUGCUAGAAAACUACUUCAAGCUGCUCAACUCAGAUCCGGCAGCUGUGGUUGCCGCCCGGCAGCAGCAACAGCAGCAGCAGCAGCAGCAGCAGCAGCAAACCAAAGUGCGCGUGCCAACACUGGGUCGACACUGGGAGAGCCGCUUUGUGGCUCUGCAAGUGCACAUGCUAGACACAAUAAGGGACAUGUUCCUGUGUUCAGACAGACCAGUUCUACAAGCCAUCUUUCUCAACAGCAAUUGCUUUGAGCAUCUGACACGACUGCUGCAAAACAGCAAGCUGGUUAACGCUAGGUGCACGGCGGCAGACAAGGACCAGAAAGAUAUAACCAACAACAGGUUACUGACAGGAGAGAGAGACACUCAGGUGUUUCAAGGACGAUUAGACUCCCUUGCGGUAGCAACUAUAAGGGCCCUGACAACAGUGAUGCAUAAAUCACCUGCAGCAAAGGAGGUGUUCAAAGAGAGGAUUGGGUACAAUCACUUGUACGAGGUCCUCGUCUCGCUCGGCCACCCGUCUCGACACCUCCUGAAGGAGCUGAUGAACAUGGCGGUAGAGGGUGAGCACACAUCAGUGGGCCUCUUGGGAAUCAGCAACGUGGAGCCCUUGCUGCUGCUGGUCCAGUGGCUACCAGAACUAGACUCAUCCGAGUUACAGAAUUUCGCUGCCGACUGGCUCUGCCGCCUCAGCUGCCUGAACCGUCAGACACGUGCUACCUGUGUCAACGCCACCAUGGUCAUGCGUGCGAUGGCGGUCCUGGAGUGCCAAGAGCGGCUACACAGAGCUUGUGCAGAGAGCCUUUUGGGACUGGUGGGCUCGCUUGGCUCCCAGUCGUUGAGCGCCAGGGAUCUCUUUGAGCUGCUGCACCUGCUCAGGCCUUCAGAGGCAAGCCAAGCACACCCCUACGUCGGUCCGGCCCUUAAGGCUCUCCUCGCCAUGGUGCGCAAGCAGGGUCUGGAAAGUGCCAUGCAGUACUUCGACCUGUCACCGAGCAUGGCCGGCAUCGCAGUUCCAAUACUGCACCGCUGGCCAGGCUCUGCCUUCAGCUUCCUGGCCUGGUUGUCUCUAGACCAGGAUCAGUUGGGUCCACUUAGCAAAGGCAAGAGGAAGCAGCUCUACAGUUUCUUUACGUCAAGUGGCACAGGCUUUGAGGCCUUCAUUAGUGCUGCGGGUGUGCUGGUGGUGGCCGUCUGCACGAAGAAGGAAUACGUCACAGUCAUGCUGCCCGACAACUGCUUCUGCGACUCUCUCUGGCACAGCAUUGGUGUGGUGCACAUACCAGGGAAGAGGCCGUUUGGGCAGAGUCUGGUCUACAUUUAUGUGGACGGACAGCAAAAGCUGUCUGCCCCACUUAAGUAUCCCACAAUGACAGAGCCCUUUACAUCCUGUUGCAUCGGCUCAGCGGGCCACCGGACCACUACUCCUCCACCGUCUCAGAUCCCGGACCCCCCUUUCUCGUCCGCCACCACACCCACCACACGCUCCUCGCUGGGCGGCAUCCUUUCGCCUCAGGCAUGGGGAGGACUACUGAGUGGAAAGCCUGAGUCUGUGACAAAGCUCAUCUCAGCGGGGACCCAGGACAGCGAGUGGGGCAGCCCCACAUCGCUUCAGGGUCAGCUCGGGAGCGUGAUGGUGUUCCACGAGGCGCUGCAGCCCGGCCACGUUAAAGCCAUCUGUAGUGCUGGUCCAAACUGUAUCUCCCCUUUAAAAGUCCAGGAAGCAGAGCUUGGCGACUUUUCAAGCAAACUGCUACUGCACUAUUCACCAAAGGCUUGUCAAAAUCCGAUCUGUCUCGAUCUGUCCCCCAAUAAGCUGCAUGGGCGCCUGACUGGGAAGAAAGUUGUUAACUGGGACAUCAAGGAUAUGAUCAAUUGUGUAGGCGGCUUGCCCGUGGUCUUCCCGAUACUGGAGCAGUUGGCCUAUGUGGCUCCCGAUCAACAGGCCAGUGACGCAUCAACGGGAUCAGACUUCAUCACCCCAGAUGUGACCACUCCAGCUGACGGAGAGUGGGUCCUUCUCCCGUCUAACAGGGCUUCAGAAGCGCGCCUCGAGAAGAAUCUGGUGGCCACUUUCUUGUUGGUGCUGAAGCAUUUUCUGCAGAGGCAUGCAAUAAACCAGGAGAAUCUUCUGCACUCGCAUGGCAUCGAUACACUGGGAGCCCUGCUGCAGAAGCUUCCCGUCGGUCACGUGGACGUCAGUGUCCUGGUGGCUAUGCAGCUGCUGAUAGAGCAGGUGACCUAUGAGAAGAAUCAAGCUCUGCUGCAGCAACUUCAUGCACAUCUGCUGUUCAACUUCAACAUCUGGAAUAAAGGCGACUUCCCUUUACGAAUAGGUCACAUACAGUAUGUGAGCACUGUCAUCAAAGACAACAGGAAGCAGUUCCGGAAGAAAUAUGGAGUACGAUUCCUUUUGGACACCAUUCGCCUCUAUUAUGGGAAAAACAGUAAUAAAGACGGCGACCUGAGUGAGGAUGACAUUCGGACCAUUCGCACGUCUCUCUACGGGCUCGUCAAGUACUACAUCAGCAAGGGCAUGUCCCAGGAAGAGAUGCAAAGCAUUGUUGGAUACAUCUCCGCCAUCGGGGACGAGGAUCAGAUUUGUGGGCUGUUGGAGAUGUUACUCAGCCUCCUUCAGAGUAGUCCAUGCAGGGACCAGCUCUUCCUGCUCCUCUUUGAGCCCGGAGCAGCCGACUCUUUUUACGCCCUGCUUCUCAACAGCAAAUACACAGACCGCCUCAGGGAACUUGUAUUCAAGCUGUUUGAGCGCAUGUUGCGAUGCGACCGUGUCUAUGAGAAAAACAAGCAGCGUUUGAGGCUGAGGGAGGCGGGUUACGGCGGCCUGUCGCUGAUCUUCUCCGAUCUUCACAUAACUCCAACGCUUGUUCGCUGUGUCCUCAACCAGGUCCUCCAUACAGAUCAUGUGGUGCACUACAAGGACUUGAUGGCAUUGGUUCAGUUAACUCAUCGAUCAGGACCCAGCGUACGGCUCAUUGUCUGCAAAAGGGUGUACCAGUUGCUACAGUCCCAACAAGAAGCUGCUUUCCAGAUCUCAAAGCAGCAGUGUUGGCAGGACACGCUGACUAGACUUUACUUGCGGGGCGAAGGCUCGUCCCAAUUCCGAAAUGCCGACACCGUCAGCACCUGCAGCCUGGAUGUGAACCGGCCCGGUGGGAGUAUUAAUAACCGCCUGGAGUUGCCGCUAGAUCGUAGAACGAGGGCGGGCAGCGCCGGCCGCUUGGACCGCCCGGACGACGACUGGCUCAGCAUGGGCGACACUCGCUCUGUGGACAGCCUGGACAACAGCGAUGUCAUCUCACUGCUGGACACUCCGUCCUCCUCCGCUUCCACCGAGCCACAAGCCCAAGUCAAACCCUGGGUGGUGGGAAAAUCCGGGGGUUUAACCCUGGAUCUGUCUCACCUGCAAACCUAUGAGGGCUUGGACAGUGGCAGCCAGACACCUGGCAGCGGGCCCAGCACGCCCUCACCACUGGAGACCUCCAAGCCUUUUCCAACGAACUCGGGGAGUUUGGACGCAAACGCCUCCCUGGCUGAAGACACCUUCCUCUUCAGUGACAACCUCUCACUGGGGGAGUCCUACAAUGCCACAGAGCGAGCUGAGGACGAACUGUGCAGCAUGUUGCUGGAGAUCCUGCUGUGUGUGAUGUGGCGUGGAGUUGAAGGUUCUGACGAUUCGGCCUGGCUGGAGCGCGGCCAAGUCUUUUCCGCUCUCACCAAGCUGGGGACAGCCAACGAGCUGCUCCUUCCUGUCGACCAAAUCAAACUCAGUCUUCUGGAGCGUAUGUUGGAAUGGGCGGUGAGCGACAACCGCGAGGCGUCGGCCGCCACGUUGCCUCAACACACGGAGAACGCGGUGCGUCUGCUUCACAUGGUACAAGACUUCCUGCAAGCUGAGGGCCUGAUCAACCCAGCGCUGUGGACCGAGAAGGUGCUGGAGGAGUCUGUGACGCUGAUGGACUGCCUCAUGGUGUGGUACUCUGCUGGUACCCAGUGGUUCCAGCUCUCCCAAGUUGGACUGAGACUGAUGCUGGGCUUCAUGGCUCAAGAAGGCUCCGAGGUGUGUGCAAUCGCCACUGCCAAGCUCAAUUUCAUCCUACAAAUGAAGGAGGUGUCCAGCCAGGACGAGGCCUGCUACCUGUUGGGCAAGGUGGAGGGCAUCCUUCGGCCUGCUAUCCAGGAGAACACAGAGGAAACGUACACCUUCCUAGUUCCUCUGUUGCGAACACUCCUCUCCAAAGUCCAUCGCGUCCUUUAUAUGGAUCUGCACCUUCCCCAAUUGCCCGAUACCAAUGGCAGUCCCUCUUUCUUCGAGGACUUCCAAUUAUACUGCAACUCCGCCGAGUGGCGCGUCUACCUGGACAAAUAUAUCAUUCCGUACAUGAAGCAGUAUGAAAUUGAGACCUUUAGUCAGGGCCACGAGACCAUGGCCCUCUACUGGAAGGAGUGCUAUGAGUCCUUCAUGGUCAGUCUGCAUAAGAGAGAGCGGGAGCGAGGGGAGAGCAAAAUCCGCUUCCAGGAACAGUUUGUCGAGCCUUUCUCCCGUCGAAGUCGUCAGGAGAACCUGAGGUACAACAGUAUGUUGAAGCAGCAGCAUAGCCAGAACAGCGCCUCUCUCAGGCAGUGGAAGGCAGCUCGGCGAGGCUUUAUUUGUGAACGGGGGCCUUGGGCCGAAAGGCAGCAGGAUAAGAUGCGCUGGAAGCUAUCCAGCGCUGAGAACUUCUCCCGCAUGAGGCUGAAGCUGGUCCGGAAUUACAACUUCGACCCUCACAAGGAGGCCAGCGCUCUGCGAGACAACCUCGGUGUCCAACAGCAGUUGCUAAACCCAGAAUCGCUGCUGCUGGAGGCUGUGAAGCAGGUCAAGGUGACCAACUUGGAAGAUGACGUCUUGGAACUGCCUGAGGACGACCCUGCUGCAGCCAUCAACCCGCUGGAAGCAGAGGAGGCGGGUCAAAAGGAGAAACUGGUGUUGGGGGAAGACUGUGAGCUGGUGACGGUGGUUGACGUGGUGCCCGGUCGCCUGGAGAUAACCACCCAACAUAUCUACUUCUAUGACGGCAGCCAAGAGAAGGAUGAAGGUGUUGGUCACGACUUCAAAUGGCCUCUGAUCCAGAUCCGUGAGGUCCACCUGCGGCGAUACAACCUGCGACGCUCCGCUUUGGAAAUCUUCCUCAUUGACCAAACCAACUAUUUUCUCAACUUCAAGAAAGAGGCAAGAAAUAAGGUGUAUAACCGAAUGUUGGUGCUGCGAUCCCUCAGUCUGUUUGGAACACGUUCUCCACAGGAGAUCCUGAAGGCCUCCGGACUUACACAGAAAUGGGUGAAUCGGGAGAUUUCCAACUUUGACUACCUGAUGCAACUCAACACAAUUGCGGGGAGAACGUACAACGACCUGGCACAGUACCCAGUGUUUCCCUGGGUUCUGGCUGACUACACGUCAGAAAAGCUGGACCUUUCGGAUCCACGGGUGUUCAGGGACUUGUCGAAGCCAGUAGCAGUACAGAACAACCGCAACGCCAAGGCAGUUCGAGAAAGGUAUGACAGCUUUGAGGACCCAACAGGCACCACAGACAAGUUCCAUUAUGGCACCCACUAUUCCAGCGCCGCCGGGGUGAUGCACUACCUCAUCCGAGUGGAGCCCUUCACCUCCCUGCACAUCCAGCUACAGAGCGGACGGUUCGACUGUGCCGACCGCCAGUUCCACUCCAUUCCGGCAACGUGGCAGACCCUCAUGGACAACCCCAAUGAUGUCAAGGAGCUCAUCCCGGAGUUCUUUUACUUCCCUGAGUUUCUUGAGAACCAUAAUGGCUUUGACCUUGGUCGCAGGCAGAUAACCAAAGAAAGAAUAAAUGAUGUAAUUCUGCCUAAAUGGGCCACGUCUCCUGAGGACUUUAUCUGCAAACACCGCAAAGCCCUGGAAUCUGAGCACGUGUCAGCGCACCUUAAUGAAUGGAUCGACCUGAUCUUCGGUUACAAGCAGAGAGGUCCUGCGGCAGUGGAGGCCCUCAACGUCUUCUACUACUGCACAUAUGAGGGGGCAGUGGACCUCGACGCCAUAACUGAUGAAAAGGAACGAAAAGCCCUGGAAGGCAUGAUUAGACACUUUGGGCAGACACCAUGCCAGCUCCUCAAGGAGCCUCAUCCAGUACGUCUCUCUCAAGAGGAAGUGGAGAAGAGGAAGGCCCAGCUGGACUCGUGUUCUCUAAGCAUGUUUGAAAACCUCAGCGACCUCAAGUCCUUCUUUGUUGAGGGCAUUAGUGACAAUGCUCCACUUGUUAAAGCUGUUGUUCCAAAGAAUCAGUCACACUCCUUCAUCAGUCAAGGCAGCCCAGACACUCUGGUGACCGUAAGUCGGAAUUGUCUGUUCGGGACCCACGGGUGGCUGCCUUACAACAGGAACAUCUCCAACUACUUCACCUUCAUUAAGGACCCCACAGUGUCCAACACCAAGACACAGCGUUUCCUGUCCGGACCCUUGGCCCCUGGCGUGGAGGUAACGACGAGCCUGUUUGUAAUCUCGCACGACGGAAAGUUGCUCUUCAGCGGUGGCCACUGGGACAACAGCCUCCGGGUCACAUCGCUUGUCAAGGGCAAGACUGUGGGGCAGCAUAUCCGUCACAUGGAUAUUGUAACCUGCUUGGCAACAGACCACUGCGGCAUCCACUUGAUGUCGGGUUCCAAGGACACAACCUGCAUGGUGUGGCAUGUUCUGCAGCAGGGCGCAGCUCCUGUCGGCCUGCAUCCCAAACCUGUUCAAGUGUUGCACGGCCACACGGACGAGGUGGUCAGCGUCAGUAUCAGUACAGAGCUGGACAUGGCCGUGUCCGGAUCACGGAACGGGGUUGUGAUCAUCCACACGGUGCGCAAAGGUCAGUAUGUGCGUUGCUUGCGGCCGCCGUGCGACAGCUCCUUGCCGCUCUCCAUCCUGCACCUGGCCGUGUCCUGGGAGGGCCACUUGCUGGUCCACACCUGCCUGGAGGGCAAGGCAACACUAAAGGAUAAAAACGCCCUCCACCUUUACUCUGUGAAUGGAAAACCACUUUGCCGGGAGCCUCUGAAGGAGCAGAUGACUGACAUGUGCGUCUCUGGGGAGUUUGUGGUCAUUGGCAGCGAGGAGGGCUACCUGUCCAUUAGAGACCUGUACAGUCUGUCUCUGCGUGGGGAGCCAAUGGCCAUGCGGGUGCCCGUGCGCUGCGUGUCCGUCACCAAGGAGCAGAGUCACGUCCUGGCGGGCCUGCAGGACGGCAAGCUGAUCAUCGUGGGCGUGGGCAAGCCGGCCGAGGUAAAGAACUCUCUGAGGAACUACAUCGCUCAGAGCCUGGAGGGAUCGCCGCUCAUGGCCUCCCCCUUGUUGGCUCCACUCCGAGCUCGCUCUCCAACGCGCCUGCUGCACCAGCGGGACCAGCUGGUGUUCAGCUCCACUUCUGUUAUCCAGAAACCCUAGCAGCUCUCUUCAACCCUCAUCAAAAGCUCCUUGUACUUGGACUCCUUAGGCGUUGACCUUUGAUGCUUAUUACCAAACGCAGUUUAUAACUAGGGGUGUCCCAAUUCGAUUAAUGACAACGGUCAAAUAUCAGCAAAAAAACAAGUAAAAUCCCGAUACAAGCAGUCCUGCACUGUUUACUUGUGCAAAGCUAUUUUAGGCAAUUAUUUUUUACUCCUGGGCCCAAAUUUAGAGAAAAAAAUGUGUCUGGGGCCGGUAUAUCUAUUUUUAGGACCACUAAUACCAAACCUCACAAUAAUGUCUGAUUGAAUGCUAAAAACGUUAUGACAGACUGCCUAAAAAAACGGAAUGGAAUUUUCCUUUUUAUUACUGAAUGAGACACCAAAAAUGUACAUGAAAAUAAAGUAUGUGGGAUUUACAAUAUUAACUACGAACGAUAAAACACGAAAUAUUGACAACAUAUGAACGUCACACCCCCUCUCGAAACACAACAAAAUGCAACAAACACAACUAAAUAUGACCGCAAAGGGUAAGAAAAAAACACCUAUUAUCUGAUACAUCUGAUAUAUCACUAAGCUUUAGGACUUUGUUGUAAAAAUCUCCUUCCGCGUCUGUCCCUGACAACCGCAUUUCAGGCUGUCACUCUGUGGAAACGCUCCCCACCCACACUGCUUGGUGCCUCGUCUGAGCUGCUGUGACUUAGAUUAUCAUAGUAACUAAUUAGAUUACAAUAGUAACUAGUAUAUCAUGCAAAAGCACAGACUCCAACCAUUGAAAUACUUUGUAUCGUUCAAGACAUACGGUAAUUUGAAAACAUCACUGCACAUUAUAGUGGCGGCUACAGUUUCAAUCUUAAAGAUCUAAGAAAAAUUAUUUGGAAAUGUCCGGCGGGCCAGAUUGAAAAGCUUAACGGGUCGCAUGCAACCCCUGGGCCUUAAUUUGCCCAGAUUUGUGCUAGGCUAUAAACUACUAGGAGCUAGCAGCUACACAUCAGCUAAGCACACAAGCUAGACAUACGUAACAAGCAGGGAGGAGUGGGACAAAAAUUUGGCCUUGGAUUUUUUAGUCCAGACUGCGCCACGCAUUCCCGGGAAUUUUUUUACUAUUUGACUCCUAACCCCAGUUUAUUCCAUAUUUUGGAUUACAGUAAUUCCUCGUUUAUUGCUAUUAAUUGGCUUCGGAUUUGACCACAGUAAAUGAAUUUCCUGCUAAGUAGGAAUUAUUAUUUAUAAAUAAAAUAUAAUAGAGCAUAAAAAAACCUGUUUACUGCACUGGGGUUUCAUUACCGCCACACCUUGAAAAUAAGUAGUUUUUUUUAUACUUGAAAACAAAUUCAAGUAAUAUAUUGUAGCCCCCAGAAGAUAUUACACAAAGUCCAACGCUAUUUUUAACUUUUAAUACCAGUCUUUUGAUAACAAACGGCACAAUUCCAGCAGGUUUUACCUCCCGCGCAAACACUUUCGUCUCUGUGACUCCGCACUUCCCCGGACACACAACAACAUUUCCGCAUUCUCCGCCAAACACCUUUCAAGCACGAACGGUGUGUUUGCAAACAUGGGAAAAACUGACGUCAAAUUCAAACCACACAAACAUAAAACAUUAACAUUAGCUGGUCGUUCCAGUAAGAAUUGAUACAUAUAUGUAGCCUAUUAUUUGUGCACAAUUGACAAGAGAUGUACCGAAAACCACGCCGCCGAAACCGGGUGUAAACAAAACGCACGCCAUUUUUUGGAUCCUUGUCAGCAUGUCUGUGAUGUGGAGGUGAUUUUUAUAUAUCCCAGGACAGCCUUCUACAAAAUGUGCAAAUAUGAAGAGGACAGUGGCGGGAGAGAAAGUCCAACUAGAGCAACAGCGCCAAGCAAGUGUGACGUCAUGCUCGCUUUAGCCUCCAUUGUCAGGGACAUCAAGGGACAGACGGAAAGACUCUCUAAACACGUGUGCAUUUUAUAAUAACACCCGAAGAUUAUGCUACAUUUGUUGCUAGUUGUUUUUAAUAAAAAACAAAUUAAAAGUCUCUAAGCACUUGAAAAAAUCUUAACAAAGUACAUUGUACAAUAAGCAGCAACAAUUAAAAAUAGGGCAAAACGAUACAAAAAAAGAAUGUUAAUACUAAUUAAUAACAUAUUUGUUUUUAAAUGUAUUAUUGCGUCGGACCAGUCUUCCUCUCAGGGAAUAAAACACACUGGUCAAUCCCAAGUUCUUUUGGAUGACCUAUAUGUUGAGUAAGAAGGACCACCGAGACAGAAUAGUACUUGGCCAAGUUUUACUAAAGCUUUAGGAGACCAGCCCAAUGCGAUAAUAGCAGAAUCAAGAAGCAGUCUGAAAAUCAAACGGAAAGAGUCAGCUUCUUUAGUAUGAAAACAGCCCCCUCCCGCCCAGAAAGAAAUACAGCGUUAUUGUUCUAAACUGAGGUAAAAAAGGGGAGUACAUUAUACUCCCAAUACACAUUCCAGCGCCUUCAAGGUAAAACACAGAGUUUACUAGCGGACAUAAGAUAAAGACCCAAAGUGUUCACAUGGGAAAAUAUUAGCUGCUUUAAACAUGACUAUGGACUAAAAAAGAACACUUAAAAAUAUCUCACUCUCACAGUAUUUAUACAUUUUAUGAGCCUAUUUAAAGAAAAAAAUAUCCAUCCAUUUUCUACCGCUUAUCCCUUUCGGGGUCGCGGGGGGUGCUGGAGCCUAUCUCAGUAUCAUCAUAGCAAAUUACUCUAUGACAUCAUUGUGACCACGCACCCACCAUAUAUUGUCAGUCUCGGAGAAUCCUUGCUACCCUCUAAAUAUUGUUUUACAUUGUGAUAACCUUGCAGACAUGAAAUGCUCUCUUUACACUUCAAUCCAAUGUAGUAAUGCUGCCUGACGCUGAGCCAAUCAGUGGCCACGAUAGUGAAAAACAUGCUUUGCUUGGUUCGGUCUCACCGAGUGGCCAAUACUAUCGUAGUAUUGAUAUUUUUAGUUCAUUUAGACAUGUUUAUGCUUGAAAAUUCUUAAUUUAUGUAAAAAAAUUUGUAGAAUAUGCGAUGUGGCGAAGCCGAGGGACGACUGUAAUACAAAUAAAUCGUAAACAUUUUGUUAGAUAACUCCUUUUUAGUGAAAAAUAACUAUUGGCUGUGAACUUUACACAACUGAUUUUACAUUUGACACAGGCAGGGCGUCCAUUCCGUCCUCUUGUUUCCACCAUACCGCGGAGCAGGAAAGGGCUAGAAAAUUCCAACCAUCCAUUUUCUAACGCUUGUCCCUUACAGGGUUGCGGGGGGUGCUGAAGCCUAUCUAGAAAAUAGUUUGCUGUCAUAUUUAACCUAGAGCGCUCCGUCAUUUAUUAUUGACAUUUUCUGUAGCAUCCUGUCCCCGAGUUAUCGCACAAUUACCAAGUCAAGGCGCAGCAAAGAGUAAAUGCAGGGAUAAAUAAAUGGCCCGUUGUCCAUCGGGAAAACUCUAGGUACUCCCUUCGUUGAACGUUAUUGCUGUGUAAAACGCCACAUUUGCCAAAAUAAACAAAUAUAGUUGCAUAUCACUUACACAUACAAAGUCUUAGAAAGUAUCCAGUAACAAACGUGGACGCAUCACUCAACUUAGCAGCUUAACUUCAUGAAUUACUGUGGCCACGAGGUGUCGUCAAAAUUACCACUCCACUUCAACUUAAAGACAGUAUAAGACGGUUAAUGAUACAUAGUUUAAAAAAAAAAUUGUUCUCUGUUUGACUCAUUUCACUUGAUCAAACCUUUUUCAAAAUCCCACACUGCAAUGUAGUACAAGUGUGUAAUGAUUCCUGCUGAUAUCACCAAGGCUCCAACAUCGGUAUUGUAUCGGCACACCCCUAGUUAUAACAUCUGAGUGCAUUUAUUUUGGAGUAGCUACUUUCUAAAAAUUCACCCUGAUAAUAUUACACUGAUUACACAGUAUGGGUUUGAAUCUUUCAAAUUCCGAUUCUCCGGGUGGCAAUUCGAUUCAGAAUCGAUUCUCGAUUCAACACGAGUCCCGAUUCAAGCUGAUUCUCACAAUCUAUUAUUUGGUGUAAUGAUUAUAAUGAAACUUUUUUUUAAAAGGUUACUUACACGAACAUGUCCUAAAACGUCUUUUUUUUAAAUGGAUUAUUCUAUAGAGAAAAAAAAAAGUAAAUUUUUGAAAAUGAUGAAUGGAUUUAGAAAAUAGGAAUGAAUAGGAAAUAGUGAUUCGGAUGUGAGUCGAGUUUUGGAAAUAGUAUUUCAUUGUGCGACACGCUUUGCCCUUUUCAUCUUUCCAUACCAAAGUAGAUUUUUCAAAUGCUCGUAAUCAAACAUGGACAUGCUAUCGACUCAUGGAUCGUAUCCUCUCCUUGUUUCUUUUGGCUUUACGCUUUCACACCCACUCUCACCCCCCUUCCUCCUUCCUACUUCCUCCUUCCUACUUCCUCUCCCGCCGCUCCUCUCAGAUCCCCCGGAGGCUGUGGGGCUCCACUAAGAGGCGGACCAAGCUGGCGUCUGAGAAGUCGGACUACACCACCUAGCAUGACUGCCGCCCCCCCCCCCCCCAAUCCACAUCCCCAGCCCUAAAACCCCUCCCCCUUCACGCCCAUCCCUGCCAGGUGACCCCACGUGCGUCAUGUAAAUUAUAAGCGGCCCACUCUGCACUGAGCGCACGGCGCUGGCGUUGUGGUUCAGACCCAGAAGUAGCUGCAGCCUUCAUGUUUGUGUCCCCUUUAGUCGGAAAACAACUCGGAAUUCUCGGCUUUUCCAUUUUCACCUUCAGACUGUUGUUUUCCAACAAGCGCCAUUAAAGAGCCUGGGCGACUUAGCACUUGCGUGAAUGUUUUUAAGUUACUUGAAAGGGUUGUUUUUAUUUAUAGCAAGCGUAGCAUGUGUUCAGUCUGUUCAUGCACCCAGGAAUGAUGUGCAAAAUGUCAGCGUUAAUAGCAAUACUUUGGCGGGUCUCCUUUGUCGCCUUUCAUUCGCCCGUUCUCGACGUCUUCCUCUUGCUCCUUUUAGUGUGCGGUUUUUUAAUCAUUCCUGUCUGUUCACAGGGUAUUUCAUGUACACUAAUGGUCAUUUUGGAUACUUAAAGCCACAGUGUGAAGCUCCUGUGGAGACGGAUUGACAUGUUUUUGCAUCGAUUGAUUGCAGGAGCGUGUCGGUAAUGGCGUUUAUUUACGUUGCCAAGCCAAAAUGUGGCUCAUACACACACUCAUAAUAUAUAUGUAUAUCUUUUGGUCAUUGGUACUUGCCUUUUAUGAGUGGAAAUUGAAAAAGGAAAAAACUUUAUUUGUUUUUUUAACAAAUUAUUAUUUUUUAUUGUCAAAAAUCAGUAACUGGAUCAAAAAGAAUUUUAGUUUUUCAUAAAUAAUAUAUUUGUUCUUCUUCUGCUGCAGGCUGACUACGCCAAACACUAAAUAUAUCCAAACAUUUAAUCCACAAUAUGGUUUGCAUUAUUGACUGGACAGGACAGAUUUAAAAAAAAUUAUAUAUAUAUAUAUAUAUAUAUAUAUAUAUAUAUAUAUAUAUAUAUAUAUAUAUAUAUAUAUAAAAUUGCCUCCACAUUUACUCAAGUUUAUGUGUAAUAAAGUGUAAUAAACCCACUUACCAUUUCACCCAAUGUAGUUUGUAUAAAUACAUGACACUCUCCUCUUUGUUAUACCGAUCAAUACACUUUUUUCAUAUUUUCUUUAAUCAGAUGAAUUAAUUAUUUGGAUUAAUCACGGUAAAUUACUUGCUUGCAUAUAUUUAAAUUAAGUCAUUUUUUUUUUUAAAUACCACGAUUUCAUUCAACGUAAUUGUCUGAGUGUCAUACAAGAACAUUAUUUAAAUCUUCCUUCAUUUAUACAUUGUAUGUAAAGUGCAGUCAGGGUUGACUUUCUCCCUGGUAUUUGCAUCUUUGAAGUAGGCACUGAGCGUGGAACAACCUACUCCACCUUUCAAGUCACCAUCACGGUUCAGGUCAAGGAGCAUGAUCAAUCUGAAUUUAGACCUAAUUGAUGCGAUUAUUUUGGGUGAUUAAUCUCCUGAAUUAAUGCUGUAAACUUGCAGACUGGUGAUUUUGUUGUAUGAACCAUAAAAUAAAUUAAUUAUAAUAGUUAAUAGAAUAAUUAAUUAAUUAAUUAUAAGAUUUAUAAAUGUUUUAAUUAUUUAUUUUAAAUCUGGUUAUUGCUUUUUGACACGAAAAAUGCUAUUUUUCAGUUUUAUUGUUUUUGUACUGAACAAAACAAUAUCAAUGACCAAACGAUGGAUCUCCUUCUGUGAUCAGUCGGUUUAGUUGACUGACAAAUCCGACAUUGACUUGCGAGACGUCCCACAAAAGAGGAGUGCCUUUAUUCCAGGAUGGCUCUCGUAGUUUUGGUGUUCCUGACAGGAAGCGACUUUUAGCAUCUGAGCAUCGUUCUCUGUGACCGCCGCCAAAUGGAAACGUGUAUAUCUGUGAUUAUUUAUGAGCACCAUAUAAAUAUGUAGUGUACAGCAUGAUUUUUAUUAUUUCUGUCUUUUUUUUAAAUGUACUUUUUGCACUUUCCAGGUACUCCAACGGUACCGAGUUGUGUUCAAAUUGGCUCCUUAAAGUGUACAUACUUGCUUUGUAUACACAUGUGGAACACCACCAUGCAAGCCCACUCCGGGUUUUAGACUACAAAAGUACGACAAUAAAGAGACACGUGCACGAUG